AUGGGCCGGUUCACUGUCAUUCCCUCUCCGUUACUAAUUGUACCAUGUCUUUCCCUCUCCGUUACGAAGAGGUUCCCUACCUUUCCCUUUUUCGUUACUAAGUGGUUCACUGCCUUUCCCCUCUACGUUAUUACGCUUGUAUUUGCCUUUCCCCUAUCCGUUAUUAAGUGGUUCCUUGCCUUUACCCUAUCCAUUAUUAAAUGGUUCUUUGCCUUUCCCUUAUCCGUUAAUAAGUGGUUCCGUACCAUUCUCUUCUCCGUUACUAAGUGGUUCCCAGCCUUUUCUCUCUCCGUUACGAAGAGGUUCCCUGCCUUUCCCUUUUUCGUUACUAAGUGGUUCACUGCUAUUCCCCUCCACGUUAUUACGCUUGUCAUUGCCUUUCCCCUACCCGUUAUUAAGUGGUUCCUUGCCUUUCCCCUAUCCGUUAUUAAGUGGUUCCUUGCCUUUCUCCUACCCGUUAUUAAGUGGUUCCUUGCCUUUCCCCUAUCCGUUAUAAAGUGGUUCCUUGCCUUUCCCCUAUCCGUUAUUAAGUGGUUCCUUGACUUUCCCCUAUCUGUUACUAAGUGGUUCCUUAUUAACUGGUUCCUUGCCUUUCCCCUAUCCGUUACUAAGUGGUUCCGUACCAUUCUCUUCUCCGUUACUAAGUGGUUCACAGCCUUUUCCCUCUCCGUUACGAAGUGGUUCCCUGCCUUUCCCUUCUUCCGUACUAAGUUGUUCACUGCCUUUCCCCUCUACGUCAUUGCGCUUGUAUUUGCCUUUCCCCUAUCCGUUAUAAAGUGGUUCCUUGCCUUUCCCCUAUCUGUUACUAAGUGGUUCCCAGCCUUUUAUCUCUCCGUUACGAAGAGGUUCCCUGCCUUUCCAUUUUUCGUUACCAAAUGGUUCACUGCCUUUCCUCUCUACGUUAUUACGCUUUUCAAUGCCUUUCCCCUAUUCGUUAUUAACUGGUUCCUUGCCUUUCCCCCUUCCGUUAUUAAGUGGUUCCUUGCCUUUCCCCUAUCUGUUACUAAAUGGUUGCUAGCCUUUUAUCUCUUUGUUACGAAGAGGUUCCCUGCCUUUCGUUUUUUCGUUACUAAGUGGUUCACUGCCUUUCCCCUAUUCGUUAUUACGCUUGUCAAUGCCUUUCCCCUAUUCGUUAUUAAGUGGUUCCGUACCAUUCUCUUCUCCGUUACUAAGUGGUUCACUACCUUUUCCCUCUCCGUUACGAAGUGGUUCCCUGCCUUUCCCUUCUUCCGUACUAAGUUGUUCACUGCCUUUCCCCUCUACGUUAUUACGCUUGUAUUUGCCUUUCCCCUAUCCGUUAUUAAGUGUUUCCUUGCCUUUCCCCUAUCUGUUACUAAGUGGUUCCCAGCUUUUUAUCUCUCCGUUACGAAGAGGUUCCCUGUCUUUCUCUUUUUCGUUACUAAGUGGUUCACUGCCUUCCCCCUCUACGUUACUACGCUUGUAUUUACCUUUCCCCUAUCCGUUAUUAAGUGGUUCCCAGCCUUUUAUCUCUCCGUUACGAAGAGGUUCCCUGCCUUUCCUUUUUUUCGUUACUAA